GGGAUAGCUUAUCCGAAGGGUUAUUGCGGAGAACAACUAGAGAGAAGUCAGAGCAAAUAAGUAAGAGAGAGAGAGAGUCAGAUGUAUUAAUGAAAUCUGAUCUGGGAUCCUUUACAAGAGGAAUAAUAGCAGCCAUAAAUGCGAUGAGAGUACACGUGUCAACAAUCUAACGGCCGAGGGGUCACCUCAAUCGGGAGGGUGGCACCGGCAUAUGCAUGUGCACCGCAUUAAAUGCGGUGGUUGGACGUGACGCCGCAUUAAAUGCGAUGGUUGCUUGUCUCCAAAGGGAAUCUUCGAUGAUUGCAAUCUAGCUGAAGGCUCCCCUGUGGCCGAAGGCUCUACGUAGCCGAAGGCUACCCUUACGCCGAGGGAGUCUAUGAGCCGAAGGCUCCCGAUUUCCGCCGUCUUCUCCCAGUAGCUUUGUAUGCCUAAAAUCAGUUGUUUCUUGGAGUUUGGAGCCUUCGGCCAUGGUGCCGUAGGCAUCCCCAGGCACACCGUGGGUUCCUUUGAGCUUGGGUCGCGUGCUUUGGGCCUCAUGUGCUUCCUGGCCUGUUGGGCCUGGGUUGGAAUAGUAGAAGUCUGUGGCCCGGGGGUCCCUGGGCCAUAUGCUCCAUCAUGCAUUAUAUAUAAUUUGAGUUAAAAACUAAAGUUAUCAAAUCUAAAAAGAAAAAAAGAACGAUAAAUUUAUAACAUUUUCAUAAUGCUUUAAAAAACAUUUUUGUAAUAUCAUGCAGUAGCGUUGACAUAAAGUGCAAUAAAUGUCGUGCAAUAACGUCUUCAUAAAGUGCAGUAUUUUUAGACAAAAGUAGUGUAAAAUAGUCAACUAAUUUUAUUUCAGUUAUAUAUUUGGAAUUAUUUCUUAAGAAUAAAGGAUCUCCAAAAUCCGCCAAGUCAACUCCGAUCGAGACCGAACUCAUUGAGCCCGAGCUUAAAACCAAUUCUCAGAUCAUCGAGAUAAGCCCAAAACUGAGCCUGAGACCGAGGUCGACCCUCAGCGAGUUGGCGGAAAAUCCUGCACUACAGUUGAGCUUAAAGUCAAGUGGCGCCUUACAAGAUUAAAAGGUCAAGAAGAGCAUCAUUUCUUCUGUUAUGAGCUGAGAUUACCCCCCUCUACUAAACAUGCUACAUCUGAGUUCAACCUCUGCUAUCAAGCUCGAGAGCUCGUAUAAAGAUUGUGGACUCGGACAUUUCAGCACUUGGAUUCCUCAAACGUCUAUGAUUACGUCACCAACGCGACAACUUUCUAAGGCUGACGUCACCCAGGCAGUUAUACACGGAAGAUUCCAGACUUACACGUGUGGCAUAUCUACGCAUUCCAGUACAUAAAGGACAAAUUCUGGUGCAACGGUACCAACCAAUUGUUGAUUGUUCUCUCACCAAUUAGUUUUACUUGUGUCAAUACUUUAUUAGAGAAGUGAUUUUUACUUCUUGCAGGGUUUGAUGAAUUUGACCACCGUGCUUCUUGCCGCGAAUAGCAAGCACGAGGACCUUCAGCGACAGACCGAGGAUGCCCAACGCCAGGUAAGUCCAGGCUCAGCAGUGGGGGACAAAGUAGAGGCUUGCUUUAAUCUACACACAGCUCGCCAUGAAGCAAAUAGGAAAUCUUUGUCCAAGCUUAAAUCAAAGUACGAUCACCUUGAAGUGUUAUCCAAGGAUGCAGGAUAUCAGGCAGUUGCAACUUUCAAGGCCUCCCCAGGAUUUUCGGAGCUUGUCACUUCCACGAUCAAGGCUCAACACUUGGAGUUGGGUCGAGCUUGGUUGCGGACCAAGGAGAGACAGGAUUGGCACGAUGAAGAAGUCUUAUCUCUUUCGGAUGUGGCCAGUAUGACAUAUAGAGGAUGUUGUAUGACAAGUUGAUGGAGCGUUUCCUGACAUUCACCCGAAGAAGCUUGGUUUACCCGCAGUUCGUUUUUUAUCCCGAGGAGGAAGAGGAGAAGGUGUCUAGUACAUCGAGGUCCGCUUUCUUCAGCAUCCUCUGCAACACAACAAAAAAAGGAUAAACAUAUAAGUAAAGUGUUCCGGAGAAAUCUUGAUAGCUGUGGAUCUUAAACUCAAAGGCACAAAAGAGAAUAAGCUGGGAUUGAUAUUUUAUUUAUACCCAUGAUAGGUAGAGUUUAGAUCUCAAUCGGCAGAAUAAAAGUCCUCGUGGGAUAUAAAUUCUUAAAAUUUGACCACAAUUCAGAAUGUCCUAUGUGAUAUGAGUUGAUAUCUCCUAUUUUAAUGGUUAACACAUGCGUAGGAGU